AAGAAACAUUUGAAAUUAUAAAGUGGUUUAUUUCGUAAUAAUGGAGAGUUUAACGAUGACAACAGAUUUUGUCCAGAUAUUCUCUUCCAUGGCUGCCACCGCAUUUUGUAGUGGCCUUAGUGAAAUGUAAACGCAUAUAAUGUCUUCACUUUCUGUGAUAAGUAAUGAGUUGUCCACUUUUAGUGAAUUAGAAAAAAUUAUUAGUAAUGGAAAGAAUAUAACUAUUGAUAUUGCCCAGGAUCUUUCACAAAUAAACAAGAAAGAAUCCUCUGUAGAUAUGUUGAAACAAUUGGAAGAUUGCAUGAUAGACUUUCUUAACUUAGAAAAUGAAAUGCUACAGUUUCAGGAAGCUGCAGAACAAAUUAAACAAAAGUUAGCAAGUAAAGAUUUGAAUGAAAAUUUAGAUAUUGAUGCAAUUCUUCAGCAAGCAGUAAAAGAAAUAUCUAAAAACAAUACAGAUAUGGCAUUAAAACAACAUCCUUCAUAUCAGAAAUUAAAAACUAUAAUAAAUCAAUGUGUGCAUCAAAAGAUCAAUGAUGACCAGGAAUUAUGUGACGAUGAUGAUGCAAUUAUUGUUAAGCAAAGUUCUGGUAUGAAAGAUCCUAUUACACAACUAGAAAUUAAAGAUCCUGUAAAGAACAUUUAUUGUAAACAUGUUUACGAUAAGACAAGCAUACUGAAUUACAUGAAACGAAGAGAAAAAAAAUGUCCAUAUAUUGGUUGCACAAAUCCACAUCCUUUGCAGCAAAAAGAUUUGAUUUAGCAGCAAACCCAUUUGAUUUGGUACAACAAAUCCAAAUAUUUAAACAAAAAAAUUAAAAAUGGUGAAAUAACAAGAUGACUAUAAUGGAUUACAUGAGAUAAAAAGUAAACAUCAAAUCUAAAAUAUAAACAAUAAUUUUUCAUACUUUUAUCAAUUUUAAUAAUAUAAUCACAUGUAUAUAAUUCAAUAGCACUAAUAAAAACUUGAUCAGUGAU